AUGGUUUUUGGCCCCGUCCCAGGUACUUCAGCCCAUCGGCGACGGAGCAUGGCGAACACCAGUGCCAUCACAAAUUAUGAGGCGGAUCUGACGAGUCGAGAUCGUGCCAAGCAAAAAGACGCCGUGAAAAGGUAUCUGGCGGAAAACGUGAAGGAUGAUUGGAAAUGGGAGUGGCCACGGCCAGAGACUGAUUCCACGUCCCAGCAUACCUCCCCACACGAGGAGAAUGAUUUGCGGUGGAAGGAGAGAGACGAAUGGAUCAGCGAUGCCAGUGACGUCGAAGCAGCCUCUGUCAUAUCCGCGUCGAAGAAUAAACUCGAGAAGCAGGAUUCGAAGAUGGUCAACAGUCCUUUUCGUUUCGAGAACCCAGACGAGGUGGGGGAAACAAUCAAGAGGGGCGAGUUAGACAGGAAACGCCGCCGCAAAAGACGCCUUAGGGAAGAAAUGGCCUGGAGUGAUGGCCUGCGCUGCUUUGUCGAGCGGCGCGAUGCAUGGACGGGCGCCCGACAAGUUCCCCGUCCCUCUGCUGAUCCCGAGAAGCGAGCUUCGCUAUCGAGCGGGGAUGGCAGCUCGACUGCCAUUGAAAACGACGACGAAGACGAGUGGGAGGACGACGAUACCGAGAUCCCCAUCGCGCCGCCUCUACUGCCUCCCGCGAACGCCAUGCGUGCCAGUAUCAAACCGGAUGCUUACAAUACGAUUUACGACAAGGUCAUCUUGCAGCAGUUAACGCCUACCUGUCCGAUGAAUCUGAAAGACGUCACAAGGGCAUGUGUGCAGGGGUGGAAACGGGAUGGAGAGUGGCCUCCAAAAGCCGGGCCUAUAGAGCCCCCAGCUGCGAAGAAGAAGAAAGCCAGAAGGCUGAGUGUGGCAGGUAUCUUCGGCCUCGAGAAAGACAAAGUCAGGGAAGAGGCCAAGGAGAAAACAGAGAAGUCUAAGGAGCGAGAUCCUGUCAUGGGGAAUCGAGGUGGCAUCCGCGGGAGUCUACAGCGCAUACUGAGUCGCAGCAAGGAAACAGCGCCCAAGGCAGAACAGGUUGUAGCGCCUGGUUAA